AUGUCAGUGAAAUUGAACGAAUUGGUUGAUUCUUUGGUCAAAACAUCUCCACCUGGAGAAUUGACCAAUGUAAACAAUAACUUAUCAUCAUUGAUUGAUGAUAGUUCAGUUAUUCAAGAUUCAAUUGAAUCCUAUGUGAAUGAAAACAAUGCUGUAUUCUCGGGGAAAUACAUUGCUGGGAAAUAUAACAAACAUCCAAAUUCUUCAAAAUAUAUUGAUUAUGUAAAUGGGAAACUUUUCAAUAUUGACUUAAAAUCAAUGCAAGCUAUUGAUAUUGAGCCAUAUCAUGAAACAAGUGGAUUACCUGGAUAUUUUAAUGAAUUGACUAGGAAAUUAGAGAAGUAUGGAGAUGAUCAUUAUCCUUCUAGUUAUGCAUUUACUGUUAUUCCUGAGAACGAUGAUGAUUCCUUGAGAAUAAUCAUAAUUGGUCAACGAUUAAAUAAUGAUAAUUAUUAUACUGGACAAUGGAAGUCAGAAUAUUUAAUAAAGGGAAAUGGACAAGUUAGUGGAGUUGUUAAAUUAGAUAUUCAUUAUUAUGAAGAUGGGAAUGUUAGAUUGAAGUUUGAUGAAAAGAUUGAAUCUACAACAUUACAAACUGUUAAUGCGGGAGAAAUUGUAAAUUUCAUUAAUAAUAGUGAAACUAAAAUCACAUUGAAUAUUAUUGAUCAAUUCACUCACUUGAAUCAACAAUCAUUUAAGAAUUUAAGAAGAUUGUUACCAAUCACUAGAUCUAAGAUAAAUUGGGGUAAUGCUAUUGGAAAUUAUAGAUUAGGUUCAGAUGUUGUCAAUAAGAAGUGA